CAAUAACUCAACAUUAACCAACAAAAACCGGAAUGCAGGCCGUCGGAUUGUCUAUCCUGCUGGUUUUUGCCAGCUGCAUUGCCAUGGAUGUUCGUAAUGGUACCACACCCGACUUCUGCUUGGAUGAACCAAGUCCCGGUAUGUGCAGCGCAUACAUUGAAAGCUAUUUCUACAACGCAAGUGCAAAGGAAUGUCAGACCUUUAUUUACGGAGGCUGUCAUGGAAAUCGGAACAGCUUUGAAACCGUGGAUGAGUGUCUCCGAGUUUGCUCUCCCACCACGCUGUCCAAUGUUGAAUAAUUGGUCCGCCAACGAGACGCACCCGUC